AUGAAUAAUAAAUCUAUAUGUAUACUUUUAUUGUUAUUUUUAAAAAUAACUGGCUAUUAUUCUUAUUACAUUUCUCCCUUAAAAAAAAAUAUAUACACACACCCAAUUUAUAAAAGACAUAUAUUAAAGCUACAAAAUGAGAAACCCGAAAUCGAUAGUAAUAUAAUAAACUAUUUUAAAAAUAUAAGAUCAGAUUUUCCAUUUUUUCAACAAAACAAUUCUCCGAUUUAUUUUGACAAUGCGGCCACAACGCAUAAGCCUGCAUCUGUAAUAGAAAAAAUCAAAAACUUUUAUUCUUAUAAUAACUCAAACAUACAUCGAGGGAUAUACAAAAUAAGUAGAAAUGCAACAGAUAAUUAUGAAAAUGUAAGAAUUAUUGUUCAAAAAUAUAUAAAUUGUGAUAGUUCAGAUGAGAUUAUUUUUACAAGUGGAGCAACAUAUGGAAUAAAUCUGGUAUGCAAUAUUAUAAUGGAUAAAAUUAUAAAAAAUGAAAAUGAUGAAAUAUAUAUAAGUUAUUUAGAACACAAUUCUAAUAUUAUCCCAUGGCAAGAAAAUAUACGAAAUAAAAAAAAAGGGAAACUAAAAUAUAUACCAUUGAAAAAAAAUGGAUAUAUAAAUAUAAAAAAAUUUGUAGAAAAAAUAAAUAAUAAUACUAAAAUCGUUUCUAUUAAUCAUGUUUCAAAUGUGUUAGGAAAUAUUCAAAAUAUAAAUUUAAUUAUUAAAAAAAUUAAAAAAAAAAAUCCCAAUAUAAUCGUAAUAAUAGAUGCAGCACAAAGUUUUCCCCAUUUAAAAUAUGAUAUUAAAAAAAUGAAAUUAAAAAAUGAAGACCCAGACAUAUUAAUUACAUCUGGACAUAAAUUUUGUGCUCCAUUUGGUAGUGGUUUUGUUUAUAUCAAAAAAAAAAUUACUCAUGCAUCUAAAACGAACCCAUUUUUAUAUGGAAGUAAUAUAAUAACAGAUGUAAAUAAAUAUAGAUCUAAAUUUGUGUCUUCACCCCACAUCUUUGAAACUGGAACUCAAAAUAUUUCAGCAAUAUUAGCAAUGGGUGAAGCAAUCAAAUAUUUACAAAAAAUAAAUGAUGAAGGAAAUGCUUAUAAAUAUGAAAUGUAUUUAUAUGAUCUGUUUCUAUUUUAUUUGCGAAGUUUUUUGACACAUCAUUUAGUUGAGCUUCCAAAUAUCCCCACUAAGUUAGAUGAAAUGCAUACAUCAAUACAAAUAAGAAAUAACAAAGUAGAUGAUACAUAUACUCAUUCAGAAAUUCAAAACGAAGACAAUGAUUAUCUUAAAAUUUUUGUUCAUAAUACUAGAAAAGAUAAUAAAAAGAAAAUUGGAAUAUUGCCAUUAUGGUCUCUAAAUUUCACUUCUUUUGAUUUGGUUACAUUUUUAGAUUUCAAAAAUAUUUGUAUAAGGUCAGGACAUCACUGUGCAUCUUUAUUACAUAAUAAAUUUUUUAAUAUAAAUGAAUCAUCAAGAGUAUCAAUAAUGUUUUAUAAUACGCCAGAAGAGGUGCAAUACUUAGCGGAGCAAAUUUCAGCUACGACUUGUAUGUUGCACAAAAUGCGUACAAAUGGAAAAGCUGUUUAG